ACUUCUGUAAAACUCUUUAAGGGUGCACAAAUAGCCUUAACACCUCUGGCCCAUAAUUAUAACCUAAAUUUCUUUUCUAGUAAUUUCGGACACUGAGCAUGGCCUAUUGCUUUUGUAUAACCAAAGCCACUUUUAUUGGUUAUCCGUGGACAGAUCAUGCAGUAGCAACUUAUUCGUAGAACAGUUUUGCCAGUUGGGUUUAAUGUUAAUAACCCUGUUCAUUCCUCACAUGUUAGACCUUUUUACACAUUUGUCUGUCAAAAUUCUUUCUUCAGACGACUCUGGUCCAAGCCGUUACAGCAGAAGAGAACCUGACCCACUCCUUGACUCCAGAGACUCGAGGACGGGUACAAGCCGGGAUGGACGCGGGGGCGGACGGUCACGUUCCGUUUCGCCCAAUCGCGGUUACGAGCGAAGGAGGCCGCCAGCUAGGAGCACCAAGGAGGUAUCCAAGCGCGGCGAGGGAGAUGGGAAACCUGAAACGGAUGACAUCAGGGAAGGCGGAUCAGGGGGCAGCCGUGGUUCAUCUCCACGACGUGCCCGUGAGAAGGCGCCAGCAACCAAAACUAGCCGCAGUAGUAGCCAGGACGAAGCUGCCGAGAGACCUGACCAGUCACCUGAUACCAGCAUGCCUGAAGCGGCAGUCCCUAAGGUGGCGGUGGCAUCCCCCGUGAGCGAGGAGAGUGGCGGGGAGUCACCCACCAAGGCUGAGAUCUCUGACAGCAGCAAGCACAUGGUGCUCGUCGAGGAGUGCAAGUCUGAGGAUGACAAUGAGGGACAGGAAGCAAAAGCUGGUCCUGCAGACACUUACAGCGACUGGAGUGAUGACGACGAUGAUGACAUCCUCACAAGGGGCGAGCAGGCAGCGGUGAGCAUCUUGCAAGUUGCUCUGCGUGAAAGAGAUACUAAAGGCGUGUAAUAAGUGCAAGUGUAU